AUGCAGCUACAGCUUUUACUCUUAACGCAGCUCGUUGCAACUGCGCUGAGCGCAAACACGGUACCACCCAGCAUCUGGAAUUACACUUAUCCAUGGCCGGUACACUACUUUGAAGUUACGUCGCAGCGCGCGAACCUCUCAAUGGCAUACAUGGAUGUGUCUUCUCAGAACACCAGCGUUGCUUCAAACAAAACAAUCACGCUCCUGCACGGCAAGAAUUUCUGUGGCGCAACAUGGGAGGACACCGCUCACCGUCUCUCAACACAGGGUUACCGCGUUAUCAUCCCAGAUCAGAUUGGCUUUUGCAAAUCGUCAAAGCCACCGGCUUAUCAAUUCUCACUGCAGCAGUUGGCGCGUAACACGCAUCUGCUACUCCAGAGCCUGGGCGUGGAAUCGACAUAUGUACUGGGUCACUCCAUGGGCGGUAUGCUAGCCACACGAUUUGCCUUGAUGUAUCCAGAGCAGACUUCACAUCUCAUCCUCACGAAUCCAAUUGGUCUGGAAGACUGGAAGGCCCUCGGGGUACCAUGGCGCAAUCUCGAUGCGUUGUACAAGGAUGAACUUGCCACAAACUACACAUCGAUUCGCAAAUACCAACAAGCUACCUACUACGUCAACACUUGGAAGCCUGAGUAUGACGUCUGGGUCAACAUGCUGGUUUCUCUCUACCAAACAUCGCCUGGAAAUAUUGACUUUGCAUGGAAUAUGGCGCAGACAACCGAUAUGGUCUUGACUCAACCGAUCGCGUACGAAUUUGAGUUGGUGCAGCCCAAGACUCUCCUCUUGAUUGGAACCAAGGACACAACGGCUAUUGGCAAAGCUUGGAGUCCACCAGACGUACAAGCUAAGCUAGGAAAAUACGAUAUAUUGGGCAAGGAAACGGCGGCAAGGAUCCCAGAUGCGAAGUUGAUUGAGUUCGACGAUUUGGGCCACAGUCCGCAAGUACAGGAUAGUGAAAGAUACCAUGCCGCGCUAUUAGAGUGGCUGGAGGGGUCCAGUCAAGCUCGAUAA